ACAUCGUCCAUCAUGGAGAAUUGGACCACAGGAUACGUUAAUAUUUCAAACACAACUGUCGACAUUGCCAGCAGCCAACCGAUGUGGCAGAUCAACUUCCAUCUUAUCGCCUAUCCCAUCAGUGCUUUACUCGCCAUUUUACUAAAUUGCGCCAAUCUUGUGACCGUUCCUCAGGUUUCAAACUGUUUUGGUGAAAACACCAAGCUUUGUCUGAUGUGCCUAGCAGUCGUCGAUCUUUUUACCGGACUGAUUUGUUCAACAUCCGGGGUAUUAUUCGUCCUCGUGCCCAUUUCUCAAAGCGUCUAUUACACCAUCCUUAUCCUGUGCACUGCGUUUGUAUGGCAGUCCAUGCUGAUUUUGACGCUCGCGUCCGUUGACCGGUACAUCGCGGUAACGCAACCGCUUCAAUACUUCGUGCUUGCUUCGCGCAAGCGUAUGAUCGUCGCCCUUACCGCGGUAGUCAUUUUCCCGCUCAUUCUCUCAGCCGUAUCCUAUCUUCAGAGUAUCCUGAGGGGGAUAUGCCCGCCUUUCGCAACUUUCUGCAUAUCUAGUAGCAUCACACCAGGUCACGUCGUCUAUAACAUCAUACCUUUCACGGCAGUUGUGAUCACUACUUUCGUGAACGUUCGUCUGGUUUCUAUCGCGCGUCGUCACGCGCUCCAGAUCGCUGCGCUUGAAGCCGCGGUAAACUCUGGUAACGUCGCCCUACCGCUACCGACCUCAGCGGGAAUGAAGGGACUGAAGACAGUUCUCGCGGUCACUUGUGUGUUUUACCUUGCAUGGCUACCGAGUACCAUCAUUAACAUUUUAAGUCCGAUACCAAAGAUAAACGUCCCGAUUGCACUAUCGUUAAUCGUGAGAUAUGCUAUUACCUCUAACAGUUGGUGGAAUGCUUGCGUCUAUUGGAUCAUGAAUAAGUCAUAUCGAAAUGUACUCCUUAAGAUGUUACCAUUCCGCUGUGGAACAUGCAUCAGAUCACGUGACGCGACUGCACAGUCUCCACUGCACAACCAGAUACAUGUAGCUUACAUCCCUCCCAGGUCUGAACGCUAGCCUGUGUCUGGUUUGACGCGUCAUAACAUGACGUCAUGAAAUGACAUGGCCAGUUUCUAACCGGGGUGGGGGAGGGGGUAACUGAGAAAAACUGAACCACAUAACUAGAACUUCUGGGGACGUUUUCAGAAAGACGUAUUUGAUGUUCUAUCCGACAAACUAGUUUUCAUCCGACAGUUGCCAUAGAAACUGUGCUUCUCGAUCAGCCAAUGAAAGUCAAGGAAAUGUGUAAUAUCUAACAAGUCAGCCAACAGUGUUGAUAAAACUGAGCUAUCCUGAUCUCAAGCAGACCAAAAUUUCAGCACAUCUUUAUUGCGUUACAAUAAUAAUAUUGAACUGUUUGUACUGAAUUGAAAUGUUUGAUUGGCGCGUCUCAUGAAAGCACUGUUCACCAUGUUCACUUCAGGCUCUGGGUGGGAAAAUAGCGCAUACCCCGACAUGGUCUCAGAAGCCAAAUCCCUGUGAAUUGAUCUAAUAUACUAUAUGUCAAUCUGUUGUGAUUUCAUUUUUUAAAAUCGACGUAAUCUUGGAGUCGCGAUGGAGCUUGUAAAUGUUUUCAUCUCUACUAUUUUUUUUGUAGAUUUGAAUUUAUUAUAUAAUUAUUUUAAUGAAGUGUCGGCUUAGACAGAAUGUGUGCUAUAUAACUAGCAGAUGUGGUUAAUUACCUUCCGUCAUUAAAAAGAAAUAUUACUACUUUCAAUUGAAUUACGUUUAUUUUAACUUUAAUCGUUCAUUAUAUUCCCCAUAAGGCAUCUCCUUAAGCCAAAGUGCAAUUAAAAGAAAGUUUCGACCUAUCUGAGUUUGCCCGCUACACUGCGCCUCUCGGACAAAAACACUAAUUAAAAUUCGCCAGAAUUCAUGGACGGAGUGUCACACAAUUUCAAACACAUGUUUUUUUUAUGUACACUGUAUGUAGGCAUGGCUCUGGGGUGCUGGGGUGUUUUUUUUUUCUUGUCAAAUUUACAUCAGCAGUCAGCACCCCUGGUAAAAACAAUCGUCCCAGGGCCCUGUAUGUAGGGAAACAUGAAUACACUUUCAUCAGGAUUAGUUCGUUAUGCCUCGUAUUCUAUCCCUUUAAAUACCUUUUUUAAAUAUUAAGAAAAUAGUAUUCAAAUUUGUUCAGCAUAUAUGUCACCUCAAACGUCUAAGCCAUGUUUUUCCAAAUUGGAUUAGUGUCAUUUUUUGUUCCCAAAAAUGAUGUUGAUUCCACAUUAUACGGUAUGAUUGUGUAAAAUGAUAAUAAUAAUAAUAGUAAUAAUAAUGAUAACAAUAAUAUUAUUAAUAAUGUAGCGCAUAUCACAUUUUGUAUGUGCUUCAGAAAUAAAGGAAAUGGAAAAACGUGUUGCUAAGAUAACUUUGAAGAAUUAAACUACACUUUGUAUUAUUAGUUUUAAGAGCGAUUAAACAUUUGUAUACUGCUAUUGAUGUGUAAUAUUGGUUCGUAUCUGAAUCUCGUUCACUAUAUAGUUAAGUAAUCAAAUAAGAGUUUUAAAGUUAACAUGUUUAUUAUGGAGUAUGGUACCAGCACGAAUAAAAUUAAAUAAUUAAA